AUGGGGAAUGAAGGGAGUAUAUCCAAUAUUAAUCUUCUAGAAGAAGGCAACAUAGAGCAAAUUCAAAACAGGACAAACAAAACAACUAUCGCAAACUUCCUUCUUCUUGGAUUUGGUGAUCAUCCAGAGCUGCAGACACUUCUCUUCCUGGCUUUCUUAAUAAUUUACAUGAUUACCAUGGUUGGGAAUCUCAUCCUCAUUCUGUUAGUGGUUGCUGAUCCGCACCUCCACACUCCCAUGUACUUCUUUCUUGGGAAUCUCUCAUGCCUGGAGAUGUGCUACACAUCGACUCUUCUGCCCCGUCUGCUUUUCAGUCUUUGGACCAGAGACAGGUCUAUUUCAGUGAAUGGCUGUCUUGUGCAGUACUAUUUCUUUGGUGUCUUAUUAUCAACAGAAUGCUACCUCCUUGCUGUCAUGUCAUACGAUCGUUAUUUGGCCAUAUGCAAACCUCUGCACUAUACAUUCCUCAUGAACGGCAAGUUCUGCUUCUGGCUUAUUGCUGGCUCUUGGAUUAGUGGCUUAGUAAGUAACACCGUCAUAACAUGUCUAGAGUUGCAGCUUUCAUUUUGUGGACCCCCUGAAAUUGAACACUUCUUUUGUGAUCUAGCCUCAGUGCUGAAGCUUUCUUGCAGCAACACCCACCCAGUGGAGACUGCAACUUUCAUCCUGGCCUCCAUGGACACCAUACCAACCUUUCUCCUUACCCUGAUCUGCUACACCUGUAUCAUCAUCAAUAUCCUCCAGCUCCAGUCCAAAGCCAUGAGACAAAAGGCCUUCUCCACUUGCUCCUCCCAUCUGAUUGUAGUGAUACUUUUCUUCAGUUCUUUGAUCCUUGUCUAUAUGAGUCCUAAAACCAACACACCGAAGGGGCUCCAUCAGGUCUUCUCUCUUUUUUAUACAGUCUUAACGCCCACAGUCAAUCCUUUGAUAUAUAGCCUGAGAAACAGAGAAGUCCAAUUGGCCUUAUCUAGAACUGCCAAAAAAGCAGUCCUGGUGGCUCAAUUUCCUUAG